AUGCCUGUUGGUGUUAAACAGGAGGAGGACAGGAAUAACCAGCGGCGGAGACUUUACGGCUUGGAUAAAGAUAUGGUCAAGAGCUUUCCAACCUUUGUUUUCGCUGCAGAGCACGCCAAGGAGAGCGACUGUGUCAGUUUCCGUCAGUGCUGCAUCUGCUUGCAAGACUACGAACCAGGCGACGAAAUCAAAUCUCUUCCGGUUUGCGGUCACAGGUUCCACGAAUCGUGCAUCGACAUGUGGCUGGAAGGGAAGAGAACUUGCCCAGUGUGCAGGGCGAAUCUUAGACCCAAGCCAUCGUGGGGAAAACCGGGAGAGGAAGGAGGAGGGGAUUUGGAGGGCGGAGAGGCACAACCAAACUGGGGGGAAGGAGGGGGAAUCCGCGAGUGCGCGGUAUGCUUGGCGGAGUACGUUGCCGGGGACAUACUGAAACUGCUGCCUCCGUGCGGGCACGUUUUCCACGUGGACUGCAUUGACACGUGGCUUCAAGGUAAAUCGACCUGCCCGAUAUGCCGCCGAGAGAUAGGUCAGAAUGCUGAAGUCAAGGACGGAGAUUCAGAGGGAGGAGGCACAACGGGAUAUAGAGGAGAGCAAAGCGAGAGGGGGGAGCAAGGGGAGAGCAGCACUGGGGGAGGCGUAGCGGGACUGGAAGCCGACAGGGAGGGGUUAGGGCAGCAGGUGAUGGCGGAUGGGGAUAGAGGGUUAACAGAAGAGGAUCCUUUGGCAAUUUCUGUGCCAGAGAGUGCCGAUAGGGUUCCAGCUGAGCAGCGGUCCACGUCAGCAGCAAGCCCUGGGGGAGAGCUGCCCUCAGUAUGGGUUAGACUGAGGUCAUUGUGGUUGAGAGCUCCUGCGAAUCCUCCCAGGGUAGAAGGUCGCGUUCCCGAAUCUGUUCCGCGUGCGACGUGUGCGAAAAUGUCGAUACCCAUGGAAGAUGUCGUUGCGUGUUUGGGAUUCACGCAAACGGAUAACCCGCUAAUUCGUGCCAAGGAUCAUCCUAAGAUCGCUCACGCAUUGGCUCAACUAGCAGUGGAGCAAGGGCCUGACUCCAUCACAGUAUCACAGAAGGAUGCGGCCGAACAGCUGAUGGGCCUGGUGGUGGCGGAAGGCGCGGAGGACCAAGCGUUGGCGGAGGCGGCGGCGCAGCUGCUGGCGAUGACGGCAGCGGACGACAAGAAGAAUCCGCAUCUCAUGCACGUGGACAGAUGGGUCACCACGUGCUGUGGUGUGCUCAAGCGGUGCAAGGCAGCGAGCGACAGCAAGAGGCGGAAGAGCAGCGCCCAAGCCGACGCUGCCGUAGCAGACACAGCAGCAGCAGGAGGGGAAACAGGGGGAACAGGGGGAGCAGCGGAGGCGGCAGCGGGGGCGGCAGUGAGCGAGGCGCUGCUGGUAUCCAUGGCGAGCUGUCUGGCGGACCUAAUGAACAACCCGCGCAGCACCAUCGUGUGCAGCACGCGCGCGCAGGAGAUCUUCCAGUGCCUGCAGCCCGUGCUGCUGCUCCCGCGCGUCUCCAACCGCCUGCUCUUCUUCCAGGUUUGUCGGGCCGUCUCCGAGGUGCUGCACCCGUCCACGUGGCCCAUGAACCAAUCCGCUGCUGUUCCCAAGCGCCUGCUGGAGCGUCUGAUAGAUCUUAUCACUCCGGUUAAAGCGUCCGGUGCUGGUGUUGCGAAGGGCGCUGAUGGGUCGGGUGUUAAGGAUGCUGGCGGGGAUGAAGCUGCCGCCACUGGUGGGGCUGGUGCUGCUGGAAAUGUGUCUGAGAAUGGGGUCGGGGAGCGUGAGACAGAGGCCACGGAACCCGCUGCGUAUCAUGCCGCCUUGGCAAACGGCACAGCUGCUGCAGACGCAGAGGCAGCUAAAGCAGCAGGGGGAGAGACAGCUACAGCAGAAGGGACAGCCGAGCAGGGGGGUAGCGGCAGCGAGGGCAGCAGCAACGAGGGCGACUUAACCGAGUCGCUGAUCCACAUGCAGGCGUGCAAGGCGCUGCUGGUGAUGGCCACCAACGGCGCAGCGGAUCUGAUCGUGCAGCACGUGCCCGGGGUGAUGGGCGCACUGGAGCGGCUCAGGCAGGAGUCAGGCGUGGAGGAGGCCGUCGUGCAGGCUGACGCUGCGCUCAUGGCGCUCUGGCUGUCACCCAAGGGAUACGCGCUCUCCAACCCCGAGCUGCGCCCGGUGAUAGCAGCGCACCUGCUGAGGGUGCUGGGCUCGCCAGACCUGGUGGAUAACCAUCAGGACGUCAGCCUGGCGCUGGUGACGUCAACCAUCAACCCCGACGCCGCCACGCGGGCCAGCAUGCUCCAGCUGUACGCCGGACUGCUGACUCAGCAGCUGGAGCUGACGCACAUCCUGAUUGGCCACGUGGAUGACACUGACAGCCUGGCACACCAGAGCGUGGUGUAUUUCGUGCUGCACACGUGUGAGUCAGAGGACUGCGCCAAGGCCUUCACAGCCAAUCAGGCGGACUGUGAAGCGCUCGUGGCAGCGCUGGUGGUGGCAGCACAGGCAGAGAACCACUACGCGCCCAUUGCUGUCCUCGUCCGCCUUGCCAGCCGGCCUAGCACCCGGGACCAGGUGCUGACACACAUUGACACGAGAACACUCAAUCGCUUGCGCGCCAUUCCUGGGACGCGAGCUCGACGAGAGGUUGAUCAACUGGCUGCAGCAUUUGCGGAGUACCAGGGAGAGAAGCCUCCAGAGCGCACAGCAUCCAUGCCAUCAGAGGAGGAGCAGUCCAAGGAGGACAUUCUGAGAGAUAUUGUGCGCAGCCAGUCCCACAGGAGCCUCAAGUUGAGAACUGCAGGGGGGAAUAGCUUUGAAGAUUUGGCAGGCGCUGUUGCAAGCGCGGCAACAGGUGUGGCCAAGAUCACUGUAGACGAGUCGACAGAUGCUUGA